ACACCCAGCAAUGGCCUGGGCGCACUGCUCUCUCCCUUCAUUUCCACCCACCAGCACCACCACCACCGCCGCCGCCACCAACACCACCAGUAAAACCCUAAUUCCUGCUUCAUUCAAACUUACAAAUAGGAAAAACCACUUACGAAUCAAAUUACUAAAAACCAUAACAAAACCUAAUCCUUCUCUUCCCCUACUACCUCAAGAGCAACCAGAAAAAAAAAGAAGAAUUUAACAAAACCCUAGAAAUCCAACAUCAAGAAGAAGAGGAUGAAACUAAAAUCGAGGUUUCUUCCGAUAAAAAAAUUGAAAAGGGGGUUCCAGUUAAUGAGCAAACGGAGCUCAAUUCAUAUGAAAUUCAGGUUUCUGAAGCUGGAGGAGGUAUUGUUUCGAACAAAUCAGUUGGGGAAAUGGUUUUUUUUUUUGGUGGCAUGUUUGUUUUACAAACUCUAUGUGCAGUUUGGAUUUUUAGAGAUAAAAAUGUGAAAAAAGAAUCUAAUUUGGGAAAUUCAAAGUCAGAAAUUGUGAAUGAGAACCAAAAGGGGGAAAUUUUACCUAAUUUAAUGGGUGUAAAUGAUGAUUAUAAGUUUCAAAUGGAAGAGAUUAGGGUUUUAGCUAGGGAGGUUAGGGAAAGCGAAGUGAAGAAGAAGUUGAGUGAUAGUAAUAAGUUGGGUUCUACUGGGACUGGUGGGGAUGAUAAUGGUAAGAAAUUUGUGAAAGGUAAUACCAAUAUUCGGAAAGAGGUUGAUGGGAAAUUAAGUAAAUUAGAGAAGAGGCUUCGUUCUGUACGAGAGAAAUCAACUACGGCGGCAUUAUCUGUUAGUUAUUUGAGUGAACAGUCAAGCAAGGUUGAGGAGGAUAAGAAGGAGUUUGAGAAUUUGAAUGGUAAAGGGGAAGAUGAGAGAGUGAUAUCUAAGAGGAAAAAGAAGUUUAGAAGCUAUUACCCGAAGCUUGCUGAUAGUGAAAAUCAACCUAAAGGAUUCCAGUAUGAAAAAGAUGCAUCGGAAAGUAAUGGUAGUGCAAAUUUUGAUUUAUCGGCUGAGAAAGUGCAAGAUGGGGCUGAAUCUUUGGAUAAUGAUUUAGGGCGACGUAAGGAUAGGCAGAAAGAAGAUAGUCAGUCUUUAACUGCUGAUAGUGCUCUAAAGAAGUCCAUGCUGCAGGGAAAUGGAGAGGUGGUAUCAGAGUUGUCUGGUAAGUCUUUGCAAUCUCUCGAGAGGAAGCUUAGAGAGAGAGAGAAUCUGAAAAGGGGUACGGGGAUGAAAAGUGAAAAUGGCAAGCCAAGGUCUGGUUCCAUCCAAGAAGCUACUCAUGAAGUAGGAAAACUGAGAAAAUCAAGAGAAUCGAAGAAAAGUACUUCUCGAAGCAUGACGAAAGAAGUUGAGCACAGCCUGAGGAUAAACAAUGUAAGAGAAAACCCAGGGCUAAAGAAGAAUGAUUUCUGGUGGAUGAAGCUUCCUUAUGUCUUUGCUAUUCUCUUGCGUAGGGGUCCAGAUAAAGGAGCAGCAAAAGGUUUAUAUUCUUUGAAAAUGGAUGAGAGCUCUCUGUCUUGUACUGUUGCUUUUGAGGAUCGCCGCGAUGCCACUAACUUUACGUAUAUACUGGAGUCAUUUUUUGAUGAUUUGGGCAGUGUCAGUGCCGACGUUGUACCUCUUUCAAUGGAGGAAGUGAAGGAAGCCAUAAAGUCGAGCAUGAAGUUAAUUGUAGUGAGGAAGGGGCAACUUCAUCUUUAUGCUGGUCAACCACUCGGAGAUGUUGAGACGGCUUUGCGCUCUGGCAUAAAUUAAAAAACAGUGCACCAAAUUGGCUAAACUUCAGUAAAUAGAUUGACAAGAUCAACAAACAAAGUUCCCAUUGUACCACCAACCCUUAUAAUCCUUGAGAGGUCAAUAUGUAAAUUUCCGGAGAAUUUUGGAAGAUAUUUGAGCUCAGCUUUUUGUAGUAACAACUAUACUUCCAAGUUCCAACCAUUUUUGACAGAAACCUGACAGAGAAGAAGAAAACCUACUUAAACAUUUGUAUUUUAGUGGUGUUGCUUUCAGCAAGAUUGUGUUAUACAUCAAGCUGGUUUUGGUAGUAUUAAAUUAGUCGUCGUGGAUUUAAGAUUUUUUUUUUGUACAUCUGAGAAUUGUAUCAAUAAAAUUUGUUUUUUUAA